AAUACAUCGCUCCCUAACUCCCCACUGCAAGCUGUCGCCAUGGCGGGCCAACACUUGGCAGUGCUAGCUUAUUCUUUGCUUCGACUUGUACAUUCCCGGGGCAUCCUUGGCCACCUGAACGACAACUUGCUGGACGGGGCCCGUGGUAUGACGGUCGAUGGGAGCUAUGCCUAUGUGGCCAGUCACAAUGCUGACAGCUUGGUAGUGUUGGACGUCUCGACACCGGCCAGUCCUACGAUCGUAGGCUCCGUGACGGAUAGCACCAACCUUGAUGGAGCCUACAAUGUGGUCCUGGAUGGAAGUGGCUAUGCCUAUGUGGCUGGCUACCGGGCCGACAGUGUGGUGGUGGUUGAUGUGAGCACGCCCACAGCGCCUGCAGUGGUUGGCACUUAUUCCUCCAUCUCAGAUUCGCCAAAUGUUCUCAACGGUGCCAGCAGCAUUGCCGUUUCAGGUAAUUACGCCUACUCCCUUUCGUGGUUUGGCGACAGCUUGGUGGUUGUGGAUGUCUCCACAAAAACCAAUCCCACACUCGCAGGAACCUUUCAGGCAGCAGGCGAUCUUGACGGACCCACGGACAUCGCGAUCGUCGGAAGCUAUGCUUAUGUCACGUGUCAGCAUACGGACAAGCUGGCGGUGCUAGACAUCUCCAACCCAGCCAGUCCCACGAAAGUGGGCGAGGUGGCAGACAGCAGCGUGAUGGAUAUGCCCCUUGGCCUAGCGAUCGACGGCACAAUGGCUUUCGUGGUGGCCUACAACUCCUUUAGUUUGGUAGCAAUCGACAUUUCCACGCCGACCAGUCCUGUGAUUGUGGGCUCAGUGGUUGACAGUGCCCGAGACCAUCUCGACUAUCCUUUCGCUGUCCGCGUUGCUGGUAGCUCUGCGUACGUGGCAAGCAACGGGAACGGAGGAGGUGUGACGAUCGUGGAUAUUUCUACUGUGGCCAGCCCCUCUAUCGUUGACAGUGUGAAGGACAACACUGUGCUUGACGAAAACAGGGGUAUAGCGGCUGCCAACGGCUUGGUCUACGUCUCUGCGUAUACUGGCAAGAACUUUGUUGUUGUGGACCCAAAUCCUACUACCACAAGUACAACCCUCACCAGCACGGUCACUCUUUCGACCACUUCUACAUCCCUUACAACAUCGAGCAGCACAUCCACCACCACGAAAAGUGCCAGCAGCACCACGACGGCAUCGGCAACAACAUCCACCACCACGAAAAGUGCCAGUAGCACGACGACGGCAUCGGCAACAACUUCCACAGUGACAACAGUCAGCAGUUCGACCACCGCCACAACAACCUUCACCGCCAGCACCACGAUCACCGCAACAGCAACAACUUCGACAUCGAUGACAACGAAGAGCAGCACAACUACCACCAGUACCACAACAGCAGGAACGGUGACAACCGCAACGUUCACAGCAACAGCAAUGGAGACAUCAUCAACUUCCACGACGACAACAGUGACAGACACGGAAGCAGGCUCAACCCCGGUGGCAGAACCCUCCGGCAAUGUGAGCUCAGCUGGCUUGGAUACAAGCCUUGCCGUGAUCAUUGUGCUCGGGAGCAUACUUCUCAUCUGUGUGCUUGGAGGACUGUGCUGGAAGGCUUGGCAGCGCAAGGCCCGCGAACCUGCCUCAAGUGACGAAGUCCGUGUCUGA